CUUUCACUCCUGCUGUACUUUCACUUCAACAGGGCCAUACCCUCUACCCAAAAAUGCCACCCAUCAACGCCCCCAUAACAGCUCAAGAGCUCUCCACGCUCUCUACAAAGGCUAUAGAUGCCAAGGCUGCUGCGUACUGUCCCUACUCAAAGUUCCGAGUCGGCGCAUGCAUUCUCACCGCAUCGGGCGAGUUCGUCGUCGGCGCUAACGUUGAGAACGUGGCUUAUCCUGUUGGAACAUGCGCUGAGCGUGUUGCGUUUGCUACUGCUAUUGUGGCCGGACAUAAAGAAUUCCGUGCUAUCGCCGUUGCAACGGACAUCACGCCCGGCGCGUCGCCGUGUGGAAUGUGUCGACAGUACAUACGCGAAUUCACUACGCCUUCAUUCCCGGUGUACAUGUAUGAUGGGGAGGGGAAGUAUACUGUCAAGACUAUGGGCGAGUUGCUGCCGGAUUCUUUCGGCCCAGAUGACUUGCCCAGGUAAGUCAGACGUGACUUACAUUGAACGGCCGGAAACCAGAAACCGGCGGUGAAGUAGAGUAGGACCCUAGCUAGUAUGGAGAGGAGAAAAAAUAAUACGCAAGUUUCUUUCAAA